AUGUUAACAGUCCCGUGUGCAGUAGGCACAGGGCCCAGCUUUUUGGUGACAGCUCCAGCGACCAUCAGACCUGGAGGAAAUGUGACUGUCGGGGUUGAGCUGCUGGAACGCAGCCCCCCGCAGGUCACGGUGAAGGCUGAGCUGCUCAAGAGGGCGUCAAACCUGACCGUCGCAGUCCUGGAAGCAGAAGGAGUCUUUGAGAAAGGUUCUUUCAAGACACUUACUCUUCCAUCACUACCUCUGAACAGCGCAGAUGAGAUGUAUGAGCUUCGUGUCACUGGGUAUGCGGAGGAUGAGAUUUUAUUCUACAACAGCACGCGCUUGUCAUUCGAGAGCAAGAGGAUGUCUGUCUUCAUUCAGACGGACAAGGCGUUCUACAAGCCACAGCAGGAAGUGAAGUUUCGGAUUGUUACGCUCCUCUCAGACUUUAGGCCCUAUAAGGCCUCUUUAGACAUCCUCAUCAAGGACCCCAAGUCCAAUUUGAUCCAACAGUGGUUGUCACAGCAAGGUGACCUUGGAGUCAUUUCUAAAACUUUCCAGUUGUCUGCACAUCCGGUACUCGGUGACUGGUCCAUUCAAGUUCAAGUCAACGGCCAGACAUAUUAUCAAUCAUUUCAGGUCUCAGAAUAUGUAUUACCAAAAUUUGAAGUUGUUCUGCAGACACCGUUAUAUUGUUCUUUGAAUUCUAAGACUUUAAAUGGUUCCAUCACAGCAAAGUAUACAUAUGGGAAACCAGUCAAAGGAGAUGUAACACUUACAUUUUUACCUCUGUCAUUUUGGGGAGAGAAGAAAAAUAUUACAAAAUCAUUUAAGAUAAAUGGAUCUGCAAACUUCUCUUUUAAUGAUGAAGAAAUGAAAAAGGUAAUGGAUUUUUCACAUGAGCACUCUGAGUACAUGGAUCUGUCCACCCCGGGACCAGUAGAAAUUCUAGCCACAGUGACAGAGUCCCUUACAGGAAUCUCAAGAAACGCAAGCUCCAAUGUGUUUUUCAAGCAACAUGAUUACAUCAUUGAAUUUUUUGAUUAUGUCGCUGUCUUGAAGCCGUCUCUCAACUUCACAGCUACCGUGAAGGUAACACGUGCUGAUGGCAGUCAGCUGACUCAAGAAGAAAGAAGGAAUCAUGUGGUCAUGGCAGUGACGCAGAGAAACAGGACCUAUCUCUGGGGCAGGUGGAACGGCGGAAACCAGGAAACGGAAGCUGCUCACAUCACAAAUUACACUGUCCCCGCCGACGGAGUCUUUAAGAUCGAGUUUCCAAUCCUGGACAGUUCCAGCCAGCUACAAGUGAAGGCUUAUUUUCUUAGCAGUGAGAGUAACAUGGAAAUUCACGGCACAUUUAUAUCCCCUAGUAAGACGUACAUCCAGUUAAAGACAAGAUAUGAAAAUAUAAAGGUUGGAUCACCUUUUGAGUUGGUGGUUAGUGGCAACAAGCCAAUAAAGGAGUUCAGCUAUAUGGUGGUAUCCAGGGGACAAUUGGUGGCUGUAGGCAAACAAACUUCAACAACCUUCUCUUUAACCCCAGAAAAUUCUUGGGCUCCCAAGGCCUGUAUAAUUGUGUAUUAUGUUGAAAAUGAUGGAGAAAUUAUAAAUGAUGUUCUAAAAGUUCCUGUUCAGCUUGCUUUUAAAAAUGAGAUAAAGCUGUUUUGGAGUAAACCUAAUGCUGAACCAUCAGAGCAAGUCUCUCUUAGGGUCUCUGUAACACAGCCUGACUCCUUUGUUGGGAUUGUAGCUGUUGACGAAAGUGUGAACCUGAUGAAUACCUCAAAUGAUAUUACAAUGGAAAAUGUGGUCCAUGAGUUGGAACUUUAUAAUACAGGAUAUUAUAUAGGCAUGUUCAUGAAUUCUUUUACUGUCUUUCAGGAAUGUGGCCUGUGGGUGUUGACGGACGCAAACCUCGUGAAGGAUUCCAUUGAUGGUGUUUAUGACACUGCAGACUAUGUUGAGAGAUUUGUAGAGGAAAGUGUAGAGGGUUAUGCAGACAUUCAUGAUUUCUCUUCAGUCAGUAGUCCACGUGUCAGAAAGCAUUUUCCAGAGACUUGGAUUUGGCUAGACACCCACAUGGGAUCCAAGAUUUACCAGGAGUUUGAAGUCACUGUGCCUGAUUCUGUCACUUCCUGGGUGGCUACUGCUUUUGUGAUCUCUGAAGACUUAGGUCUUGGCCUAACAGCUGCUCCUGUGCAGCUACAAGCCUUCCAACCAUUUUUCAUUUUUUUGAAUCUUCCCUACUCUGUUGUCAGAGGUGAAGAAUUUGCUUUGGAAGUAACCAUAUUCAAUUAUUUGAAAGAUGCUACCAAGGUUAAAGUAAUCGUUGAGGAAAGUGACAGAUUUGAUAUUCUACUGGCUUCAAAGGAAAUCAAUGCUACGGGACACCAGCAGGACAUUCUGGUCCCCAGUGAAGAUGGUGCAGCCGUUCUUUUCCCUGUCAGGCCCACACAUCUGGGAGAAAUCCCGAUCACAGUCAGAGCCCUCUCACCCAUGGCUUCUGAUGCUGUCACCCGGAGAAUUUUAGUAAAGGCUGAAGGAAUAGAAAAAUCAUAUUCACAAGCCAUCUUAUUAGACUCGAUUGACAAACAGACGACCCUGGCAACUCUGGGUUUCACGUUUCCCCCUGAUACGGUCAGUGGCAGCGAAAGAGUUCAGAUCACUGCUGUUGGUGAUAUCCUCGGUCCCUCCAUCAGUGGCUUAGCCUCACUGAUUCGGAUGCCUUAUGGCUGUGGGGAGCAGAACAUGAUCAAUUUUGCUCCAAAUAUCUACAUUUUGGAUUAUCUGACUAAAAAGAAACAGCUGACUGAUAAUAUAAAAGAAAAAGCCCUUUCGUUUAUGAGGCAAGGUUAUCAGAGAGAACUUCUCUACCAGAGGGACGAUGGCUCUUUCAGUGCUUUUGGGAAUAACGAUCCUUCUGGGAGUACCUGGUUGUCAGCUUUUGUUUUAAGAUGUUUCCUCGAAGCCGAUCCUUACAUAGAUAUUGAUCAGAAUGUGCUACGCAGAACCUUUAAUUGGCUCAAAGGACAUCAGAAAUCCAGUGGUGAAUUUUGGGAGCCAGGAAGAGUGAUCCACAGUGAACUUCAGGGUGGCAAUAAAAGUCCAGUGACACUCACAGCCUACAUUGUGACUUCUCUCCUGGGAUACAGAAAGUAUCAGCCUAAUAUUGAUGUACGAGACUCUGUCAGCUUCUUGGAGUCUGAAUUUAGUAGAGGAAUUUCAGACAAUUACACUCUAGCCCUUGUAACUUACGCACUGUCGGCAGUGGGGAGUCCUACGGCAAAGGAGGCUUUGAAUGUGCUGACCCAGCGCGCCGAGGAGGAAGGAGGUGAGCGGUUCUGGGCAUCCCCCGCAUCCACCCUGUCCCAGGGCUGGCAGCCGCGCUCCCUGGACAUUGAGGUGGCAGCGUACGCUCUGCUGUCCCACUUCCUGCAGCUGCAGGCUCCCCAGGGCACCCCUAUUAUGAGGUGGCUCAGCAGGCAGAGAAACAGCCUGGGAGGCUUUGCAUCCACCCAGGACACUGUCAUGGCCUUAAAAGCCUUGUCGGAAUUUGUGGUCCUAAUGAAUACAGAAAGAACGGAUAUCCAAGUGACAGUGAAGGGGCCAAGCUCACCACAUCCUGUGAAGUUUCUGAUCAACACACACAACCGCUUUCUCCUUCAGACAGCAGAGCUUGCUGUGGGACAGCCAACUGCAGUUAAUAUAACCGCAAAUGGUUUUGGAUUUGCUAUCUGUCAGCUCAAUGUUAUUUAUAAUGUGAAAGAUUCAGGGUCUUUUAGAAGACGAAGAUCAAUCCAAAGUCAAGAAGCCUUUGAUUUGGAUGUCAGUGUAAAAGAUGAUAAAAAUGAUAUCAACCAUGUGAAUUUGAAUGUGUGUACAAGGUUUUUGGGCCCGGACAGAAGCGGCAUGGCUCUCAUGGAAGUUAACCUGCUCAGCGGCUUUGCAGUUCCGUCAGGUGCCAUCCCGCUGAGCGAGACGGUGAGGAAAGUGGAGCACGGUCAUGGGAAACUGAACCUCUACUUAGAUUCUGUAAAUGGAACACAGUUUUGUGUUGAUAUUCCUGCUGUGAGAAACUUUAAAGUUUCAAAUACCCAAGACGCUUCGGUAUCCAUAGUGGAUUAUUACGAACCACGGCGGCAGGUGGUGAGAAGUUACAACUCUCGCGUGAAGUUGUCCUCCUGCGAUCUUUGCGGAGACGUCCGGGACCGCUGCCUUUGCAAGGACGAAGCUGCCGGCUCCCUUCUGCGUCCUUCGGUCCGGUUCAUUUUCUCUCUCGUGCUUCUGUGCUUCUUGCAACAUGGGCUGUGAUUUCUUAUUUUGUAAAGGACUUUUUGUAAAACUAGCAUUUCCACAAAUCACACGUGAUUGCUUUGUUUUCAUAAGUGAGUAUCACCUCUGGCUAUUUUGAAAAACAAUGUUUUCCUUCCGUGGGGCCGGGGAUGGUCUACAGCAGGUCCCACCUGGGAUGUAGAGUUGUGUAGAUUUCUUCACCUGGCCUUUUUGUGGAAGAUCAAAAUGACGGCAGUGGUGUAUUUUUCUUUCCCCUAUUGGAAAACGUUUAAAGGUCUUUUUGGGAAGUGUCUGUUUUCUCCAGACUAAAAACUGCAUUUUAUUCUUUUUACUUUGUAGAAGACACAGUGCCAGGUUGUUAGGCAUUUCCCCUCCCACCUCUGGCCUACCCCAAUGCCCACCCCACACUCCGUGGUCUCAGUGUACCUUUCUGAAUUGGACAUUGCUUCUUUCCUUUAGAACGUAGACCAUGAAUUUUAAAAAGUUAGAGGCCUCUUCCCACUCCCAGUCAGAUCACCUGCCCCUGCCCUUACCGGCUCGCUCUUUUUCUCCUGGAGAGAAUGGGGGACCACCUGUCCUCCUCUGCUCGGAGGGUGGGGAGGGUACUGGGUGCGCUCAGCCCUCACCCCAGGCAUAUUUCUGGGGGGUGAGUCAGAGAGCACUGCCCACCUGUGCCUUGUGGGACUCGGACCAGAGGACUGAGGCCGGGAGACACUGUGAACCAGGAGUCCAAGGACGUGCUGUGCAGACUGACCUCCGAGUGCUCCGGGAAGGAAGGUGGAGCUGAGGUACAGGAGAGCCUGCCCCGGGUUCUGUAGAACGCGUCUAGGUGCAGGGCUCUGAGCAGCAGACCGCCACUGUCUAGUGACAGACACGUGGUGUAAACCGAAUCCUUAAGAUUCCUGAAUUCUGAGAAUCUGGAUCAUUGGUCACCAUGUACUCUGGAGGGUAAAAUUCACCUACCUGUGAUAUGAAAAUAAAAAAAAAAACCCCUUUCUUGCCCCUUCCCUUCUUUUCCUGCUUUAUCUCUUUCUUUUUUCUUCCCUCCUGUCCAAAAAUUUUAGAUAUUAAAAAAACUUAAGGACUCUAAAAACUAAAUCCAGGGAGCGCUUUAAUUUUGCUCCUUCACUCCGUGGAUUUUGUCUCAAGUGGACAUGGGAGAAUAAUUGCCACGGGCCUCAGAGAGUUUGCUCUAUAUUUUCAGCUACUUAAAAAUAAGUCUUAUCAAACGUAAAAUAUACAACUAUAUUUUAAAAAUUAAUUUUAAAAAAUGCUAUUAUUUUAGUGACUUCCAAGAAAUUAUACUGGAGUAGGCGUUCAUAUAUUGCUUAUAGAUAUUUUGAUAUCAAGGUAGGAAUGGUCAACAUUCUGUAUUUCAAUACUUGCAUCCUCUAUUUAGAAAACAGAUCCUCAGGGAGUGGUCUAUGAAGACAGUGGUUAAAUAACAAAUAUAUAAUUUUCAUGUAUUUAUUUUCAAUUAGAAAUUUUUUUUUGAUCUGUGUCUUAGUUACUUUUUUUGUUUGUUGCUGGGACAAAAUAUAUAACACACAUAACUUAAAGGGGGAGAGUAUAUUUUAGCUCAUAGUAGAGGCUUCAGUCCACAGUCCGUUGGCUCCAAGGCAGGUUGGCCUGGCAGAGGGACAUCACAGGG